AUGAAGAUGGGAUCUCGUAUCUCCUGGCGUUGGUACGCCGCCAUUGGAGUCCUCAUCCCAGGCUGCAUUUCAAAUGCCAACGCUAGCCCAGCCGUCAAUGUGGCGCUCCAAGCCUCCUUCGACUCGGCCCCGUACCUAGUCGAGCUCUUGGAAUCUGCCGCAGAAGAAAACUCCACUGCAUACUUCCCAUUGCUGGACCGCAUCGCCGACGGCACCUUUGAAGACCUCACAACAGAGCAAGAGCUCUACAAUAAAUUCCUGGCCGUCGUCCAAGAAGGCGGAUACCUGCGCACCCAAGAGAGUCUUUCAUCCUUUAAGCUCUCGCUUUCGGUCCGCUCCCCCGCGCCCCGCAUCGAAGCUCACUACCAAUUCUACAAUACCUCCGUCCAGCAAUCCCUAGGCGCAGCCCAGGAUGCCGUGUGCCCAGUCUGGGUCCACCUAGACGGCAAGCAAUACUGUUCUUCGACGCUGGAGCGCGCGCAGCAGGAUGUACUUGAUCCGCAGGAUCCCCGCGAACUGCCCUUCGACCGAGUCCUUGGUGAAAUCUCGCUCCCUCCUGCUGUGCUCUACGCGGAUAUUUCCGCGCCCAUGUUUAGAGAUUUCCAUGAGACGCUGAGUGAUAUGGCGAAGCAAGGGCAGAUCUCGUACCGUGUUCGCUACCGACCUCCUCAGCAUUGGGUUUCGCGGCCGUUGUUUGUUUCCGGAUAUGGCGUUGAGCUUGCUUUGAAGAAGACGGAUUAUAUUGUCAUUGAUGAUCGUGCUGCUGAGAAGCUCGAUACCGAGAAUGACUCGGAUCUGGAGACUAAGGAGGAUGCCCCGGAUGAUUUGAGGCCUUUGUCUGCUUCGGAGGUGGCACGGUUGGGUGUUAAUUCUGCGAAGUAUGUUAUGGACAGUCCUGAACCUUUGGAGGCUUUGAUCAAGCUUUCGCAGAACUUCCCUCAGUAUUCUUCAAUUGUGGCGGCUCACAAUGCUACUGGGGAGAUGUUGCAGGAGAUUCGUCACAACCGGGCGAGGAUGAUUCCUGGUGGUCAAAAUGUUAUGUGGAUUAAUGGUGUGCAGAUGGAUACGCGCCAGGUCGAUGCCUUUUCUCUGUUGGAGCAUCUGCGUCGGGAGAGGAAGCUUAUUGAGAAGUUCCGGGGUCUCGGUCUUUCUGCUAAAGAUGCUGUUAAGCUUCUAUCGCACCAGAUUCUCACUGAGGCUCAAGCUGGUGGUGAAGAGCAGCGAUAUGACUACCGCGAUGAUCCGGAGGACAACCAGGUUAUUAUCUGGUUGAAUGACCUGGAGAAGGAUACCAGAUAUGAGGGCUGGUCUAGUGGGCUCGAGGCGUACAUUGCCAGCGGUUAUCCAGGACAGCUCCCUCCAGUCCGUAGGGACCUCCACAAUGUUGUGGUUCCUGUUGACCUUUCCGAUCCGGAGAGCAUGAUGCUAAUUGCUGGUAACCUGAAUGCUUUCAUCAAGAGAGGAAUUCCUGUAAGAUUUGGGCUUGUGCCUCUCGGCUCGUCUCCUGAGUCUAUCGCGCAGCUCAAGGUGGCUCACUAUCUUUACGAUGCGUAUGGUCUGGAAUCUCUUGUCAAGUAUCUCGAAGCGCAAGCUACUAAGGGAAAGAGAGGCUCCCCUGACAAGUCGUGCUUCGUCACUUCUAUCGUGGAACAAGAGCCUCUUGGAGACCAUCCAGCUCUCUCCCUUGACCAAGUCUUGAAGAGCGAGAAGUACAAUUCUCUCGUAUCUCACACAACUGCCUACCAGCGCCGUCUGAGCCUUACCGGCGAUGCACCUAACUUCCUGGUCAACGGUAUCCCCGUUCCCCGCGAUGGCAACUGGAUGCAGGGAAUGAGUGUGCAGAUCAGUCGAGAUCUGAAGCUGGUUCAGCAGGGAAUUGCCGAGGAUCUCUUUGAGGAGGAUGCUUGGCUCCCCGAAUUCUUCCUGGCUGGGGCAUUCAAGAGACGUAAUACUUUCCUCAUGCCCGAAGAUCCCAAGAGUGUCCGUAUUGUGGAUCUUGUCGGCGUUCUUGGAUCAGAUGAGAACUCUUUGGACAAGAUUCCUCGUAUUGUGUCUGAGAAUAGCGCUUUGGAAAGUGUGCACAUGAUUGUCGUCGGUAAUUUCGAGGCUGAGGGCGUUGCAUUGUUGACUGAAACCCUCAAACUGCGGAAGGAACAUCCUGAUGUUGAAAUACUUCUGCUUCACAACGCCGCAUCAGAUGAUGAGGCUGUCCCCAAGACUCUCGUCAUGGUCUCUCAGUCGCUUGCCAAAGGCGAGAGCCUCGACCAGGUCCUGGCUCAGCUCAGUGCAUCUGACGAUGAUGCUGAGAUUCCAGAGAUCGCAGAUGAAGAGCUUUCUGCGGUCCAGGUAUUGCACCAGCGCUUGGUCAAAGAACUAGGGUUUGAAGCUGGCACCGAAGGACUUGUCAUUAAUGGCCGCGCAGUCGGUCCUGUCGAGAAGGAUUACCCACUCACAAUGGAAGAAUUAAGCCAGCUCAUCGCGUAUGAACGGCUCAAACGCCUCGAUCCCGUUGCAUUGGCUGUCGCCCAGCUGGGCUUCCAGUCUAAGAUCUCAAGUCCGCUCGACCUCGCCAAGCUAACCUCGCUUGUGGCUCUUUCUAUGAUCUCGGACGUUCCAGAGGGGAUCUUUGAGAACACUCCUGAUUUCAGAAUGGAUGUGUCUGAUAAGUGGAGGACUGUUUACUCUGUAAUUACCGUGUCCAACUCUGAUGAUCCUACGAUUAAUGUUGCCGUUGUUCUCGAUCCUGCAUCUGAGGUUGCCCAGCGAUGGCUGCCAGUCAUCAAGGUUCUUUCCGAACUGUCUGGUGUUCAAGUCAAGAUCUUCCUUAACCCUAAGGAGGGCCUCAAGGAGCUACCAGUGAAGCGAUUCUACCGUUAUGUUCUCGAGUCAGAGCCGUCGUUUACCGAAGCUGGUGCUCUUGCUCGACCUCAAGCUUCCUUCACUGGUGUGCCAGUUGAGGCGCUGCUUACUCUGGGCAUGGACGUGCCUUCAUCGUGGCUUGUUGCUCCCAAGGAGUCGAUCCACGACUUAGACAAUGUUAAGCUGAGCUCGCUUAAGUCUGGAGCCAAUGUCGAUGCCAUCUAUGCUCUCGAGCACAUCCUCAUCGAGGGCCACUCCCGUGAUCUCACAACCAAAACACCUCCUAGAGGUGUUCAGCUCACAUUAGGCACAGAGAAGAACCACUACUUCGCAGACACUAUCAUCAUGGCAAACCUAGGAUACUUCCAAUUCAAAGCCCAGCCAGGCCUGUGGCAAAUCAACCUCAAGCCCGGCCGCAGCGAGAAGCUCUUCAAUAUCGACAGCGUCGGCGGCCUUGGAUACCGCUCACAACCCGGCGACGAAAGCAAUGAGGUAGCCCUGCUUACCUUCCAAGGCCGCACCCUGUUCCCGCGCCUAUCCCGCAAACCAGGCCACGAAGACGAAGACGUCCUUGAUACCGGCAUCCAACCCGGCUCAACAAAAGACUUCUUCGCCAAGGGCCUCAACUUCGCCUCAGGCGUCCUCUCCAGCGUAGGGGUGAGCACCAAGACCAACGGCCAACAAGCCGACAUCAACAUCUUCUCAGUGGCAAGCGGACACCUCUACGAACGCAUGCUAAACAUCAUGAUGGUUUCAGUAAUGCGCCACACCAAACACACCGUGAAAUUCUGGUUCAUCGAACAAUUCCUAUCUCCCUCUUUCCGCGCCUUCCUCCCCUCCCUCGCGAAGGAAUACAACUUCUCCUACGAGAUGGUCACCUACAAAUGGCCCCACUGGCUGCGCUCCCAGAAGGAAAAACAGCGCGAAAUCUGGGGCUACAAGAUGCUCUUCCUGGACGUCCUCUUCCCCCUCUCUCUGGACAAAGUGAUCUUCGUCGACGCGGACCAGAUCGUUCGCACAGACAUGCACGAUCUAGUCACGCACGAUCUCCAAGACGCGCCAUACGGCUUCACGCCGAUGGGCGAUUCCCGCGCUGAGAUGGAAGGUUUCCGCUUCUGGAAGCAGGGAUACUGGGCUAACUUCCUGCGUGGGAGUCCUUAUCAUAUUUCCGCGCUUUAUGUGGUCGACUUGAAUCGGUUCCGGGCUUUGGCUGCGGGUGAUCGGCUGCGUGGGCAGUAUCAGAUGCUUUCGUCUGAUCCGAAUAGUCUCAGUAAUUUGGAUCAGGAUCUGCCUAAUCAUAUGCAGCAUCAUAUUCCUAUUCAUAGUCUGCCUCAGGAAUGGUUGUGGUGUGAGACUUGGUGUGCGGAUGAGGAUUUGGAGGCUGCGAAGACGAUUGAUCUUUGCAAUAAUCCUCUUACUAAGGAGCCUAAAUUGGAGAGGGCUAGGAGGCAGGUUCCUGAGUGGACGGUUUAUGAUGAUGAGAUUGCGGCGCUGGCUAAAAGGGUUGCUGGGGUUGAGGUUGAGGAUGCUGCUGGGGUUGAGUUUGUGCAGAGUGGUGAGGAUAGGAAGGACGAGUUGUAG